AUGGGGCACACGGUGGGGCAUGCAAUGGCACAGGGUGUUGCACACGUGAUAACUCGCUUCACAACACGAAGGGCGCAAAUCACAACGAGCAGAAUUUCAACCAAUGCGCUUACCGGUUAUUUUCCACCCAGAGGAAAAAUCUGUGGGGAAAAAAUUAAAAACAUAUCUGUGUUGUCCACACUCCGAAGGAACAACCUAUAUGAGGGCUGUCACUGUAACAACAGCGCGUCAUUUAGGAAGGUGUAUUUGGGGACAGUGAAUAAAGGGGGAGAGAAGGGGAAGGGAGAUGCAUAUAACUUUCAGAACGAGGCAGACACAGUGGUAUCGAAUUUGUGUAGAGAAAAAUCAGAUGAUGAAAAUGCAUGUAACGGGAAAACACUUGAAGAGAAAAGUGGCCAUGUGAACGGAGCCGCUACAAAUAUUAUCAAACUAAAUGAACAUGGUAACGACGUUCCAGGUGAUGACUCAAAAAUAACAAGCAUCGAUGCGAUAAAAAAUGAAGUUGCAACAGAACAGGGAAGUGAUAACAUCAGGAAGGAGUAUAUGGUUCUCAUGUUUACAUGCAAAAUAUGCGAAAAGAAAAGUGCGAAAAAGUUUUCCAAGCAGGCAUACCAGAACGGAGUGGUUAUUAUUCGUUGCCCGUCCUGUGAGAACCUCCACUUAAUUUCUGACCAGCUGGGGUGGUUCCAGGAUGGGAAGACCAACAUCGAGGAUAUUCUAAAGCAGAAGGGGGAAAACGUGAUUAGGAAGUUUUCCUACAACAACAUGCUUGAAAUUGAUGAUCUGCUCAAUGCGUACAAGUGA